AUGUCUCAACAGCCAAUCAUCUGUAAAGCAGCUAUCAUUUACAAGGAAGGAACACCGCUGGUGAUCGAAGAUGUAACCAUUGAUGCGCCAAAAAAUGGAGAAGUGCGCGUAAAAAUGGUGUCAGCAGGCAUAUGUGCUUCGGAUGCUCAUUUCGUAUGGGGCACUGCCAAACUGAAUGAAUGGCCUGGUCAUGAUGGGCCAGCUGUUCUCGGUCACGAGGGAGCUGGAAUCGUUGAAUCAGUUGGGCCUGACGUGACUAAUCUGCAGCCUGGUGAUCACGUGCUGACCACUUUCAUGCCGGCUUGUCGCGACUGUCCAUACUGUGCUAGUCCGCUGACCAACUUUUGCGCAAAAGAAAAUCUAAUUGCACUUGGCGCUAUUCCCAAUAAGAAACUGACCAAAAACGGGCAAAACUUGAUUGGCUUAGCAGGUCUAGGCAUCUACAGCCAGUACUCUUUACUCAAGUUGAGUCAGGUUGUCAAGAUUAACCCAGCAGCUCCACUGGUGAACAGUGCCAUCAUUUCUUGUGCAGUUGCAACCGGAUUUUACGCUGCCCGUAAUCAAGCUAAUGUUCAGCCCGGAACUACUGCUGCUGUCUGGGGCAUUGGGGCAAUUGGCAUCAAUGCUAUCUACGGCUGCAAAAAAGCGGGUGCAAAAAACAUUAUUGGUGUUGAUAUUAACAAUGAGAAGAAGGCAAUUGGUGAAGAGUUUGGAAUUACUGAAUUUGUUAAUCCAAAUGAGCUGGGUGGGAAACCUGUAGACCAGUAUCUUAAGGAGAAAUAUGGGGGCGUCGACUAUGCUUUUGAUUGUCUUGGCAACAAGUUUGUUAUUGAAACUGCUUACAAGUCACUUUCCGUUUUUGGCACACUUGCCCUAGUCGGUUUGGCCCCAAGUGGAACUGAGCUGGUCCUUCCUGUUUCUGAUACUUUGACUGGGAAAAAAGUGGCUGGUGCGUUUAUGGGCAACAAAGACUGCGAUUCGGCCUACACUGAACUGACUGAAAUGUACGUCAAAGGAGAGUACGAUGUUGACCGCCUGGUAACACAUAACUUCAAGCUGGAGCAGAUUAAUGAGGCAUUUCAAUUGCUCAAAGAGGGAAAGUGCAUUCGAUCUUUAAUUAUCUUUGAUGCAUAG